CGGGGGGCAAAAAGGAAACUUCUGUCUUUAAUUUGAGUCCAGUGUGAAUUUCCUUUUUGAGUUCAACGGAUUUGAUUCAGGAGAUCUGAUGAUUCAAUUGAUCUUAGUCGGUACUUUCGGUAAUAUUCAGGUAUUUUGGAUUUUAUUUUUGAAAUUCAACCAUGGAUUCGCGAUCAAUCGGUUUUUGUUCGAUUGUGUUCUCUACGGCGGAAGAAGGAGAGAGGUCUCUUCUUUCUCAGAUUGACGGAAUGUACUUCAGAUUUCAAAGAUUUCUGCUUGUUUCUUGAUCAUCGGGAACUUAAUGAUGGGAUGGGUUUUGAGUUUUGUAAUGGUUUCGUGGUAAAUUUCAUAUAGCGGGGUGCAGCUUCUGCUGAUGGAUGGCGAGGCGGGAACUGCGGAUGAUCAGGGUUCCGGAUGGUUUGAAGUGAGAAAGAAGCACCGAAUUGGCUCGAAGCUUUCCAUCCAAAAGGUUUCUGGAGGAUCUUCCAACAAAGGCCAUUCUUGGAACUAUCUGCCUUCGAGAAAUGCUAAAAUUGUAAAAUUUCCGACGGUGCAGCAGGCUGAAUGUUCGAAAGUAAGAACCGGGCUCAAUCCUGAUUCAAUUGUUUCGGUUAAUACUUCAGGUUUAUCAUCACCAGCAGCAGUGGAAACUUUAGUUUGUCUUGAUGAAGUUGUUGGCGGCCAACAUAUUGAUCAUUCGCUGAAAUUUACAGACUCGACUGUUGCAUUGAAUGCAACCACAGCGGUUCUACUACACAAAAACUUGGAUGAAAUUCCCAAAAUCAAGUGGGGUGAUAUUGAGGAUGUUUCUUUCACAGUGUCAGUAUCUGGAGAUUCAGGUAAAACAAUGGAUGAUGCUGAAAAUGCACAUUUUGCAAGUUGCGAUGAACAGAAACAGCAGGAUCUUGCUCUAGCUGCUAAAACAGUUGUGCUUGCUUCCUCCACUAUAGAUGUUGCAGAGGAAAAUGCUAAAUCAGAAAAUUUUGAGCAUGUUUCUGACUUAAUACUCUCUUUUGAUGCCCCCGAAAAAUUUUUUUCAGGGACGUGGAGGGAGGUUAGUGAGGAUUCUUCUGAAUACAAGAACAUAAUAGAGACUGAAUUAAAAGAGAAUCUGAAAGAAAUACAUGAUGUUACCGACGAGCAAAAUGAAGCUCCGAAUGACUUGAUUUCUGAAGAUCUGGUUGUGGGUUCUCCGUCUCUAGCUUCCCUUGUAGGAGGUGUAAUAGAAAUGACUGCUGAAGAAUCUCCUGACAAAUCUGUGGGCAGAAACGUUAGCUUCUCAGAAGAAUCUGUUAUUAACGAAAUUGCUGUGGCGAAGACUAGUUCACAUGAUUUGCCAGAGAGCAUAAGUGACGGUGUUAAAGUUUCUUUUGAUGCUUCUACUGCCAAUGAAGAUGUUUUGAUUGAUGAACCUGAUCAAGGAGAAGAUGAACAUAGCGAGGGUAAAGAAAGGUUUAGGGAGAGGCUUUGGUGCUUCCUUUUCGAAAAUUUGAUUAGAGCAGUUGAUGAGCUCUAUCUUCUUUGUGAAUUAGAAUGUGACAUUGAACAGAUGAAUGAGGCUGUUCUUGUUCUCGAAGAAGCCAUAUCUGAUUUCAGAGAAUUAAAAUGUAGAGUGGAUCAUUUUGAAACCAAGAGAUUUGCUUCCCAAUCAUCAAAAGAUGUAACAGGAGCAAGUUUAAAAACUGAUCACAGACGACCUCAUGCUCUAUCGUGGGAGGUCAGGCGAAUGACAACAUCGCCACAUAGAGCAGAAAUAUUGUCUUCAUCUCUGGAGGCUUUCAGGAAAAUUCAAUCUGAAAGAGCUAGCAAACAUAUAGCUCAUGAUGGAAAGGACCCGAUCUUCCCUCCUUCAACCAUCCAUACUGGUUCCGAAAAUUCACCUGGAGCAUAUGAUAAGCAUUUGGAUGACGGAAGACAAACCACAGGUUCAGAAGGUCGCAGAAGGGUGGAUGCCAUUCAUGGAAGUUCCAUCAUAGAUAAGACACAUUUAGUGGUAGCCUUUCAUAGCAGAUCAUGUUCAGCACGAGCUAGUCUUUUAACCUCAGAAAAACUGUUAGUUUCUUCUUCUGGGAAGGGCAAGAAAGAACCCCUAGAGCCAAUUUCAGAAUUUGAAAAACUGGCCUCUAGGAAGGACAGAUUACUGGCUGAUAAUGGGAUAGAAAAACAAUCAAAUGUCUCUGAUAUGAUAAAAAGGAAUAACUCUCAAUGUAUCAAAGAAAAAGAGAAGGAUAAGAGAAAUACAGCUCCAUGGAAAACUAUGGAUGCCUGGAAGGAAAAAAGGAACUGGGAGGACAUUCUAAAAUCUCCAUUGCGGAGUUCCUCCCGAGUGUCAUGCUCACCUGGUUUGGGGAGAAAAAAUGUAGAGCGAGCAAGAGUGUUGCAUGAUAAGUUAAUGUCCCCUGAGAAAAAGAAAAAAAGUGCUUUGGAUACAAGGAGAGAAGCAGAAGAAAGGCAUGCAAGGGCCAUGAGAAUUAGAGGCCAACUGGAAAAUGAGAGAUUGCAAAGACUACAGCGCGCAUCAGAGAAAUUAAAUCGUGUCAAUGAAUGGCAGGCUGUUCGUAGCUUAAAGCUACGAGAGGGACUGAAUGCCCGCCAGCAACGUGGCGAAACUCGUCAUGAAGCAUAUCUAGCUCAAGUAGUAAGGAGAGCUGGUGAUGAGAGCAGUAAAGUUAAUGAGGUUCGUUUCAUUACUUCAUUAAAUGAAGAGAAUAAAAAGCUGAUAUUGCGUCAGAAACUUCACAAUUCAGAAUUAAGAAGAGCUGAAAAAAUGCAGACAAUCAGAGUAAAACAAAAGGAGGACAUGGCAAGAGAGGAGGCUGCCAUGGAACGAAGGAAGCUCCUUGAAGCUGAAAAAAUGCAACGUCUUGCUGAGACACAGAGGAAGAAGGAAGAGGCUCAGCUAAGAAGGGAAGAAGAAAGAAAAGCUUCUAGUGCUGCACGGGAAGCAAAGGCUGUAGAACAGCUUCGUAGAAAGGAAAUACGAGCCAAAGCUCGGCAGGAGGAAGCAGAGCUUUUAGCCCAGAAAUUAGCUGAAAGGCUGAGUGAAAGUGAACUGCGUCGUAAGUUUUAUUUGGAGCAAAUACGUGAAAAAGCAUCUACAGAUUUUAGAGAUCAGUCAUCUCCUUUGGUGCGUCGUUCUUUAAACAGAGAGGGCCCGAGUCGGCACUUACCAACUAAUGGUGAAGAUAACCAGACAUCAUGUGUUCCUGUUAUUGGAAAUUCAGAACCAGGAGUGCCAUAUCCAACACAGCAGCAAUCAUUGAAGCGAAGGAUAAAAAGAAUCCGUCAAAGGCUAAUGGCUCUCAAACAUGAAUUUAUUGAACCUCUAUUUGUUGCUGAAAAUUUAGGGCUCGGAUGCAGAACACUACUAGGAACUGCCAGGGUGAAAAUUGGGAGAUGGCUUAAGGAGCUUCAGAGGCUUUGUCAGGCUAGAAAGGAAGGAGCAGCAAGCAUUGGAUUGAUUGUUUGUGAUAUGCUAAAAUUUCUGGAGGGCAAGGACAUUGAGCUUCACGCAUCUCGCCAAGCAGGUUUACUUGAUUUCAUAUCUUCUGCCCUGCCUGCCUCUCAUACAUCAAAACCUGAGUCUUGCCAGGUUACAGUCUAUUUUCUUAGACUCCUUAGAGUCUUACUGUCCGUUCCGGCCAACAGGGCUUAUUUUCUCGCACUAAAUCUUUUGCCUCCAAUUAUUCCCAUGUUGUCCGCAUCUCUGGAUAAUUACAUAAAGGUUGCUGCAUCUUCAAACCAUGGAACUAACAACUCAGCGAAUAAAAUGCCAACUGAUAACAUGGAUACAGUUACUGAAGUUCUAGACUCUUUCUUGUUUACUGUCACUACAAUUAUGGGUUACACAACGAAUGAUGAAAGAGAACUUCAAAUGCAGGUUGAUUUAUUGGAGUUGAUUGUUUCGUAUCAAGCUAUUCAUCGCCUACGUGAUCUUUUCGCGCUUUAUGAUAGGCCCCAGGUGGAGGGAUCUCCUUUUCCUUCAUCUAUUAUUCUAAGUCUGAAUCUCUUAUCAGUACUAACUUCUAGACCAGGUUCUAUCUCAUCAAUCAAUUGGGACGCUGGUAUAUCUAAAUCAGCAAUAGAAAAAGAAAAUGAGUUUUCAGAAAUUGUAGAUUAUAAUGAUGUUGUAGAUAAAUUUGUGAUGAGUGAUGCUUCUGGAGAUGGCAAGUCUUCUCAAUUGGCCACUCUUCCACAACCAAGUGAAACUAUCCCAGCAACUGAGUCUACUCAAAUGGUUAUGAAGAGGGUUCUUUCAGAUAUACCAGAGACUCAAUCCAGAAAAGAAACGUCUGAUUUUUCUCUUGAAUCAAACAGAGAAGAAGUCACUUCAGUGGCAGAUGAACUUUAUAUUGGAUCUCAGAAGUGCAACUCAGAAGAAAUAGCAAAGUCACCGUUGGAUCAAGAAGAUCAAAAGAUCACUAAGGAUAGUCAAGCGUGUAGAAAGAGGAAUGAUGAAGUACCGUGUAAUUAUGAAAGAAAUAAAGAAGCUACCUCUAAGCAACCUUUAGCUUUUUUUCUAUCCGCCAUGGCUGAGACUGGUCUUGUUAGUCUUACAUCAUUGCUGACCGCCGUACUACUACAUGCAAAUAGUAGACUAUCAUCUGAUAUGGCCUCCUAUGUUCUCCCCUCCAAUUUUGAAGAGGUUGCUAUUGGUGUAUUGAGGGUUUUGAACAAUCUGGCAUGCUUGGAUAUUUUUCUCUUGCAGAAAAUGCUGGCAAGAUCAGAUUUGAGAAUGGAAUUCUUCCACUUAAUGAGUUUCCUACUAUCUCAUUGUACAAGCAGAUGGAAAUCAGCUAAUGACAAGGUUGGUUUUCUUCUGCUGGAAUCAUUGCUCCUGCUGGGCUACUUCUCCUUGUUCCAUUCUGGAAACCAAGCUGUUCUUCGCUGGGGAAAACCUCCAACGAUUCUUCAUAAGAUCUGUGAUCUCCCAUUCGUCUUCUUCAGCGAUCCUGAAUUAACUCCCAUCUUGGCUGGCACCUUUGUGGCUGCUUGCUAUGGAUGUGAGCAAAACAAGGGUGUGAUCCAACAAGAACUAAGCAUCGAAAUGCUUCUCAAUUUGCUGAGAUCCUGCAGGCACAGCUUACUCACCUCCCACUUUGAUUCCUCCCCACCAGAUUCUAACACAACAAAUUCUUCAUCUGAUUCCAUUUCAUCAGCUCCAGACGCUAAGAAGAUCCAUGGUGAUAGUUCCUCGCGGCCAAAUCGUAAAGGUGGGCAAACUUUGUCUUCAAAGGGAGUGACUGCUGGCACUAGAGCGAUGAAAUGUAGGGUUCAAAGAGAUAAUAAAAAAGCAAAAACUUGUGAUGAAUGGGCUUUCAUGCAUAAUCUACCUACUUCAGAUGCAUCUUCUGCUUUCAUGCUACAUAGGAGAUUCCCUACUUGCUUCUUGGAUAAAGCUGAAGAGUUCUUCGCCGCUGGGAACUUAGAUCUUCCAGCUUAGUUCCUAUGUAUUUACAUAUCUAACACCUACACUUACGUUUAUGUUAUCUUAAUCAUAUAUGAAAAGGUGUAUUUCUCUUUUAAAAAUUUAAAAUAGUGAUAUUU